AUGACACAAUUGGACCGUGGUGUGUUCACCCGCCUUUGGCUCGUCGAGGCAGCUGGCGAGCCGAUCGAUACGUAUACCAUCCGAAACCUUGCGAGUGGAAAGUAUAUGACCCCAUUCAAUGGAAGUAACAUUGUCACUGUUGACCGAAAGCCGAACGCAACUGAACACUGGACAAUAGCCUGGGAUGGCUACUAUCGAUGCACUAUCAAGGAUCCGAAUUCUAGUGCGUUGGUCGGGAUUCGGGACGAUUCUGCGUCGAUCAUACUGGGGACCUCGGUCCAGACAGAAUUCCGCACAGAGUGGUCCAUUAAACGAGUCAGUCGCUCUGGGGCAGAAAUCCGGACUGCUAUAUGGCAGAAACUGUAUAGCUACCGAGACUUCUAUACUCAUACCUAUCAAGUUGAAGGAGAGUAUCUCAUCUUUCCGCGCGGAUUCUUCACUCAGAUUUGGAAAGACAUGCCGAAGCGCCCUUAUCGCCAGGGCAUCUACGACUCUGACCAUUCUGCCACAGGUUCACCAUUUUGUUCCAAUGCCGGUUAA